GAGUAGACAUGGCCCUCACAGCGGUUCGUUUUGAAUGGCAAUAGUAAGAAAAACCCGCUACUGUUCCCUAACAAAAACCCUAGAGCCUCUCUCUCUCUCGCACUCGCUUGCUUGCCAUUUGCGGAUCAGAAGAGCUUCAGCAAUGUCAUCCAAUGCGCAAGACACCCAAGGAAACCAACAACCAUCACAGAAAAUGCAAAUUUACUCUACUUCUAACACUGGAGUUACACCCUUUUGGAAAGAAAAGUAUGAAAGGGAUGCUAAGAAAUAUUGGGAUAUCUUUUAUAAGCGACAUGAAGAUAGAUUUUUCAAGGAUCGACAUUACUUGGAUAAGGAAUGGGGCCAGUACUUCACAGGGGGAGAGAGAAAAGUCAUUCUGGAGGUUGGUUGUGGAGCUGGGAACACCAUCUUUCCUCUGGUUGCAACCUACCCUGAUAUUUUUGUUCAUGCAUGUGAUUUUGCACCACGUGCAGUAAACUUGGUUAAGACACAUAAGGACUACAAGGACACCCAAGUUAGAGCUUUUGUAUGUGAUCUGACCGUUGAUGACUUGAACAAGGAGAUUUCACCAGCUUCAGUUGAUAUUGUUACAAUGAUAUUUGUCUUAUCUGCAGUUUCUCCUGAGAAGAUGCCCUUAGUCUUACAAAAUAUUAAGAAAGUUCUCAAGCCAAAUGGUUACGUGUUACUUCGUGACUAUGCUAUAGGAGACCUUGCUCAGGAAAGAUUCACUUGCAAGGAUCAAAAGCUUAGUGAAAACUUCUAUGUCAGGGGUGAUGGCACUCGUGCUUUUUAUUUCUCAAAUGAAUUCUUGACAAGGUUGUUCAAAGACAAUGGAUUUGAUGUUGAAGAACUCGGUUUGUGUUGCAAGCAAGUGGAGAACCGGUCACGUGAAUUAGUGAUGAAUAGGCGUUGGAUCCAAGCUGUAUUCCGAUUUUCAGACUUUUCAAACUCUUGUUUGAGUAAAAAAGCUGCAAUCAAGGAAAACCUCACUGGUCAAGAAAAUGCUGAGCCUAAGGUCAAGGCAAGUACUUCAAACAGUAUAGAGGUUGACAUAUCUGAUGGUUUGGCAGCUGAAAUGUUUGGAAUUUUGCCUUCCCUUGAUAGUGAGGUUAUUGAGAUUAAACUUAGAGACCAGAGUUUCAAGAUCGAUGUACUGUCCAAAGAAUAUCAGCACACAUGCAAAUCAACUGGCUUGAUGCUCUGGGAAUCAGCUCGUAUGAUGGCUUCUUUGCUAGCCGGAAAUCCGACUAUUGUUAAAGGGAAAAAUGUGUUAGAGUUGGGAUGUGGCUGUGGAGGCAUUUGCUCCAUGGUUGCUGUUAAAUCAGCAAACUUUGUAGUUGCAACUGAUGGAGAUACAAAAGCACUUGAACUGUUGACCCAGAAUGUUGCUUCAAACCUUAGACCUCCAUCCCUUGAUAAACUAAUUAUGAAGAGACUAGAAUGGGGAAAUCGAGAACAUAUUCAAGCCAUCAAGGAACUCAAUUCUGAGGGUUUUGAAGUCAUAAUAGGCACUGAUGUAACUUACAUUCCUGAAGCUAUUUUGCCAUUGUUUGAAACUGCAAAACAACUGAUGUCUUCAAACUGCAAUGGAGAGGACCAGCAACCUGCUCUAAUUCUGUGCCAUGUUCUGCGCCGUGUUGAUGAACAAGCUAUACUUGCAUCUGCAUCUCAGUUUGGUUUUAGGCUGAUUGACAAUUGGCAUGCAGGAAUUUCAUCUGAUUCAUCUCAAAGCAUUAUUAGCACUUGGUUCCCAGACAAUGGCCGCGAGGAGUAUAUCCCAAGUACUGCAUUGAAUAUCAUGUAUUUUCAAUUGCAGUAAAAAUCUUCCUCUUCUCAUUUUGUCUUUCCUUUUCUUAAGUCUAAAAUAUGCAGUUUAAUCCUUGUUUCUUAGCAUGCUUAGGUGCGAUUUUGCUAUUAUUUUUUUGAAAUUAAAUUGAUAUACAUUUUUUUUUGUGUAA